AAUGGCAUCCUGUUGUCUCUCCUGAGCUGCGUGGAUGUGUUAUUUUUACUGUGUUAAAGUGAUUGCUCUCUCUUGGUGUCCUAUUAACCUCUUUAUUGAAUAUGAACAAUAAUUAAUAUGACUUUUGCUUAUAUGGUGAAGAAAGUGUUUCAGUAAAUGCUGGCUGUAAAUAAUAUCAGUGUCAUUUGUGUUCAUUGAGAACAAAAUUUGUCUGAAGUUUGCUACAGUACUUGUAUGUUGUCAUCUCUCUGUAAUCUUCAAGACUUUACAGUGGCCAGUCAUGGUUUUGUGGUACUUCUCUGAUGCUUUGUACCAGCUUCAAGAAGAAGCUCCUAAGCCAGCUGCCAUCUUAUGCACCGAUAGACCACCCGACAGUCCCCCUUAUUAUGGCCUGGAGUAUCAUGGCAGAAUUGGACGACACCUGUGUCGCGACUUACUCACACUUGAAGGGACAUAUCUUGUGCGGCGCAGUGAGAAGGCCGAAGGUUUUUGCACACUUAGUAUGCGAUUUAACAAUCAAAUUAAACACUUUCGUUUAUACUAUGAUGGCAAAAAGCAUUAUGUCGGUGAGAAGCGUUUCGAUACUCUGCAUGAUUUAGUUGCCGAUGGACUAGUCACACUGUACAUAGAGCUGAAGGCAGGCGAACGUCUCAAGACAAUAUCAGCUGGUUCUUAUGCCAACUCUCCAUAUUAUACUCUUACCAGGUCCAUUCGUAAUCACAUCCAGGCUACAAUACGUACAGGAAAAGAGAAUAACCAGGCAAAUGACAAAGCAGACUCCUCAAUAUUUUAUGUAACGACUCCAGUGGAUCCGGUAAUAGUAAAUAUUGCAGACUCUCCAGAGGUUACCACGCAGCGCCCGCAUCGCUUUGUCAUCAGUACAUUCACUGGACUCCACUGGUGUGGGUUUUGUGGUCAUUUCCUCUGGGGUAUUGUGUCUCAAGGUGUCAAGUGUCAAGAUUGUGGUGUUCGGGCUCACAAGCAAUGUAGCUGCAAAGUCCCUAAUGAUUGCUGCCCUGACCUCAAGGAUCUUCAAAGUAUAUUUGGUGUUGAUCUUACAACAAGCCUUGUGAUCCGAGGAGGUACAGGGGAGGAUGUACCGGCUGUCGUGACUGAGUGUGUAGUCGAGGUGGAGGCACGAGGCCUGGCAUCAGAAGGCAUUUAUAGGAUUCCUGGUUCACAAGACCAAAUAGAAGCUCUUAAGUUGGCUUUUGAAAGAGAUGGCAACCGAGUGAGCUUGAAUGAGAAGGCAGUCGCAGACAUCAACGUGGUCGCUGGAGUAUUGAAACUGUACCUCAGACUUCUCCCUAUUCCCCUUAUCACUACUGACUGCUUCAAUAAACUACAGGCAGCUUGCAAGUUGAGUGAUCCAGAAGCACAAGUAUCAAGCAUCCAAGAGGCUCUCUUGACUCUGCCACCAGCACACUUCGCAACACUCAAAGUUAUUAUUUCACAUCUUGGCAGGGUUUAUGAGCAUAGUGCAGUCAAUAAGAUGAGUGCCACCAGCCUGAGCACUGUCUUCGCGCCCACACUUAUCCAAUCCACUGCUUUUGGUGAUGAUAUUCGACCAGCAGAUCUGCUUGCCUUGGCAAAUACAGCUCAAGAGCCGAGAGUCGUGGAGGCACUCAUUGUGUACCAUCGUGAUGUUUUCCCAUAAAAUACAUUUGUAAUGUAAGUUAUACAAGAUCCACUGAAAAGCUUUAGGAAAGAAAUAUUCAUCAUGUAACUUGUGCCUUUCCCUAGUUAGGCAUGCUUCACUAGAAACAUAUUACCAAGGUAUUGAGAAAUACAUAUAAUAAUACAACUGACCAAUAUACAAUUGAAGUGCUCUUCUCUGAAGUACGCUACAUAGGAUUUGCAACAUAAACAUUUAAUUUUGGAAGACCUUUUUUAAAAAUAUAAUGUAAGGCUUAGUUGAAGUGAUAAUAGUAUAAUUAUUGCACACAUGUGACUCAAGGUUAAGCAUUGCUGCUUGUAUUAGUUAGGCUGAAAAUCGUGUCCAGUAGUUUAAUAAAAAUAUGUUUGUACAAUCAGUCAAGAAAUGAAUGUUAUAGUUUGAUACAUGAGAAAAAUUUAAAUUGGGAAAACUAUUAGUAAGGCAAUCUGCUUUCCCCUCAUUUAAUUGGGAAGAAGUACAAGAUUAUGGUCCAAAUACAUUUUAGCAACUGGUCAUUUUGAGACGAAGAACUGGUGACAAAUCACCUGGAAUACAGUCUCAUGGAGAGCCAGAACCACCACAUUACAGCACGUCAUCUACACCCACACAACACAGCCGCAUGGAGAGCCAGAACCACCACACUGCAUCACGUCAUCUACACCCACACAACACAGCCGCAUGGAGAGCCAGAACCACCACACUGCAUCACGUCAUCUACACCCACACAACACAGCCGCAUGGAGAGCCAGAACCACCACACUGCAUCACGUCAUCUACACCCACACAACACAGCCGCAUGGAGAGCCAGAACCACCACACUGCAGCACGUCAUCUACACCCACACAACACAGCCGCAUGGAGAGCCAGAACCACCACACUGCAUCACGUCAUCUACACCCACACAACACAGCCGCAUGGAGAGCCAGAACCACCACACUGCAUCACGUCAUCUACACCCACACAACACAGCCGCAUGGAGAGCCAGAACCACCACACUGCAUCACGUCAUCUACACCCACACAACACAGCCGCAUGGAGAGCCAGAACCACCACACUGCAUCACGU